UGCCAGCUCUCAGUGCUCAUCCAUGCCACCUGCCAGUGCUCAUCAGUUCCACAUUUCAGUGCCCAUCAGUGCUACAUCAAUGCCACAUAUCAGUGCUCAUCUGAGCUGCCUUUCAGUGUCACCCAUCAGUGCCAGUCAGUGCCACCUAUCAAUGCCAGUCAGUGCCACCUAUCAGUGCUGCCAAUCAGUGCCAUUUAUCAGUGCCAGUCAGUGCUGCAUAUCAGUGCAAGUCAGUGCCGCCUAUCAGUGUGCAUCAUCAGUGCCACCUUACAGUGCCAGUCAGUGCUGCCUAUCAGUGCCAGUUAGUGCCGCC